AUGCUACCCCGAGGGCAGACUUCGUACGAAAUCGAAGCCGAGCUAGCCAGUGUGUCAGUCACCCUGGUACAGAGCUUAGCGUUUUCAAAUCUUGGGGCUGGACGAGCCAUCCUUAAGUUUAAUCGUUUACGCCUGUAUGCUCCUCGUUGCCAAGGCCGGAUCCUGGUGGUAGCCUCCAAUAAACUCACUCUAGAUUUGGGGGGAGGGGGGCUUGGUCGUAUAACCUGCACCGCUACGCUUGGCACUGGCACUGUGUUGGGUCGUGCCAGAGCUAACUGGGAGUUACAGUUCCAGCCCAGAUUUCUGGUUAUACAGAGAGGGCUGAACCCCCCUCAUCGCGUCAAGUCCAUCUCCAUGACAACUUUCACUGAGCCUGAGGUGGUAUUCCUACAGUCUCGUGGAAAUGAGGUUUGCAGGAAGAUUUGGCUGGGUCUGUUUGAUGCUCGGACAUCCUUAGUACCAGAUUCCAGGGAUCCUCAGAAGGUGAAGGAGUUUCUCCAGGAAAAAUAUGAGAAGAAGAGAUGGUAUGUACCCCCAGACCAAGUUAAGGGGCCUGUUUAUGCCAAAGGCAGUGCCUCCACCCCUGCCCAGGGCUCCAUCCCAGAAGGAAAGCCCUUGCGGACACUUCUGGGUGAUCCUGUGCCAUCUCUCUCAACUGCUGCCCCCACCUCAAGUCAGUCUGUCAGUCAGUCUCAGGCGAGGACGUCCCAGGCGCGGAGCUCUCAGCCACCUCCCCAUCCCGUCAAGAAAGCCAGUACUGACCUGCUGGCUGACAUCGGCGGAGACCCCUUUGCUGCUCCCCAAGUGGCACCAGCUUUUGCUGCAUUCCCAGCCUUCGGGGGCCAGACACCUUCCCAUGGGGGCUUUGCCAACUUUGAUGCCUUUGGCAGUAGCCCCAGCUGUUCUGCAUUUGGCAGCAUUCCUCCAGCUGGCCAAGCCCCCUUCCAGGCCCAGACGACACCUGCAGCCAGUCGGAUGCUAACUGGAAGUUACAGCUUUGGGAGCAGCCAGGUGACUCCAUUUGGUGCCGCUCCUCUUGCACCUGCCAGCCAGCCAAACAGCCUUGCUGACAUGGGCAGCUUCCUGGGACCUGCGGUGCCAGCUGGAGGUGUCCCUGGCAGCAUCUUUGGGAUGGCCGGCCAGGUCCCGGCGCUUCGGUCUGCCGUGGGUGGUGGCGGCGGCAGCACUGGGCUUGCCUUCGGAGCCUUCACCAACCCUUUCGCAGGCCCUGCCGCCCAGCCCCAGCUGCCUUCCACCAAUCCGUUCCAGCCCGACAGCGUGGCCCCAGGGCCCGGCUUUGGGAUGAGCAGUGCUGGACCCGGAUUCCCCCAGACGGUGCCACCCACUGGGGCCUUUGCUGGCACCUUCCCGCCACCCCUGUAUCCCCCACAGACCUUGCUGGCUCAGCAGCAGAAUGGCUCGACCUUCGGGGAUGUGGGGCCAGCCAAGCCCGGCCAGAGGCCCCUGAGCCAGCCGGCAGGGAUCUCCACCAACCCCUUCGUGACCGGGCCCUCAGCAAGCCCAUUUGCCUCCAGGCCUCCGACCACCAACCCGUUCUUGUAGCACUGUGUCCUUGGAGGGACUUUUCUGGCCCCGCGAGCUCUGGUGACCGCUGGCCUGUGGGGCUGUCUGUGGGCCUGGGGCCAGAAGAGGCCUGGGGCUUGGGGUGGUGGAGGUGCUAAUGCUUUGUGGGGCCUUCUGGGGUCACGCGGAAGCCCCUUCUUCCUCCUGUCCCCACCCAGGGGCCAGGCCCGGAGGCGGGAAGGCAGGGCUUGGCUUGAGGGGCGAUGGGAGCGGAUCUUUUCCGAGUAGAAUUUUGUCGCAGCCCUCCUCCGCCGCCGCCCGCGGCACACACGGCACUCCCCUCUCUCGUGGCGCCACCGGCCCAGGAAGCUGUGGGCACAGCCUGGCGGGCCUUCCUCCGGGGAGCCGCUUGUCUCUCGUGCCCUGCUCCCCGCCCUGUGCUCCUCCUGGGGACAGCAGGGUGAAGGGGAGGCGUGGCGUCAACUGGAACGACGGCCAACGGCCCUGGGACUGAGCAGACCCCGGGGCCCGAGCGCCACGGGGGGCCCGGCUGGGCCGCACACGCUUUCCUCUCCCUGGGCGCCCGCCACGGGGCCUGCAUCGUUGGCUUCCCCAGCGCACCCCCUCGUCCUGGCACUCGGACGGGCAGUUUUACCCGCGAGCUCACACAGGCCUCACUCCUGUCCAGCACUUUCGUUAGCCGUUGGUGUCACGUUUGGAUACCAGUGUUUUAUAUUUAUACAUAGAGAGAAUUUUCUAAUAUAGCCUAUCAUAUAUACAUGCACAUACAUACAUAUAUGCGUAUAUACACACAUCCCGGCCACCGUCUUGCUCCCAGACAGCUUUCACGCGGGAACGGAGUGAAUCCCCACCUGUGCCUCGACCAUCAAAGUCAGGGCCCCGGGGGAGGGGGGGCAGCCAUGUGUCCUGACCACCCUGGAGCCUGGGCUUUUCCAGGGAAAGGCUCUGUGCAAUUGGCUGGGACUUUUUUCUUUUUCCAGUGCCUCCCCCACCCCCAGAUCUCUGCACCAAAGCUCCCUGCAGGCAAUGUUGGAAAAGAACUGCAUUUGAAAGAAAACGAAAA